CCACCUGGCAUCUCAAAAAACUGCCCCAUACAUUUUACUUCAAACUGCCUAAUUUCUCAGUUCAAACUUUCCCUCUUGGAUCCUCGCCGGCGCUUCUCAUUCAUCGGAUUUAGUUUCGGGAGUUCGGAGAGUUAUUGUUCGACAGAUCAUCUGGUUUGCGUCAAUGGAGGAAGGGGAACAGAUUGAUCUCGAAAUCAAAGAUCAUAGCAUCUCCAAUGUUUCGCUGGAGAAUGAUAAUUUCGUUCUCAACUUGUCUUCUUCCCAGCUUCUUCAGGCGAUCAGCCUCAAUCAACCAGAGAAUCAGAAAGAGCCUAUAUGUUUGGAGUUAUUUGAAAAUAUUGAAGGUCAGGAAGAAUCAGAUACUUAUCCGUGUGAUGAAAAGGAUGAUACCUUUCCUGAAAUUUGUGAGACAAUUGAACCCGAAAGCCCCAAGUGGAAAGGAAAUUUUAAGUUUCGUGAGAGUUUAGCCUGGGAUAGCGCUUUCUUCACAGAUGCCGGAGUACUAGAACCUGAGGAACUGUCCAGAAUGAUCAAAAGAACUGAAAAUGGUGACAAGCAUGAUCUGUUUGGAAUUGAUGAGGAUGUAGAACAAUCUACUGGUUCAUUCACAAUAUAUGGAAGUGAUGAUCUGAACUUUUGGCAACUUAAGACAGAUUCUUGUGAGGAUAUUAAAGCUUCAACUAAUGAAUCCUGUAAAUUGUCAAAUUUGAUGAUUUCAAGCAGCCACGUGACAUCUUCAAAGGAAGUGAAUGAGGCUACUUCUGCUCUGAAUGAGGUUGACUAUACUAAAAAUAAGCUUGUGCCUAAAGUUUCUCCCAAGAGAACUAUUGGAGCACAAACUUCUCGGGUGUCGAAAAGCCAGCAAAAACAAUUUUGUGCAAUACAAGGCUCGGGGAAGUCGGUGGCCGAAACAAGCUCUCAAUUAAUGCAGGCCAAUACUAGAACCACAGACUCAAAGUCGUUUCUUGGGUCAUCAAAACGGACGAGUAAGGUGAAUUCUGUAUCAGCAGCAGCAGGAAAAGGGACCACUAGAGAUGCCAAACAUUUUAAGAUGGUUCAUGCCAAUGGGAAGCUUAGUACUGGUUCUAGUAAUGGGACUGAAGCACCAAAAGUCGUUCCCUUAAAUAAUGCUCGCAAGGUGUUACUGAAACCCGCAACGUCUGUAAGGCCACCUUCUAUUGGCUCAUCGGCCUCAACCCGCAACGUCUCAAGGUCUUCCAGUAGCAGUACUGCUAGUACUUUGUCAGACAGAACAGCAAAAUCUACUUCUAGUGUAGCAAGAAAGGUGGAGAGUAAAUCUGUGGGUCGACCUGCUGUUAACACUCCAUCACAAAUUCCAUUAAAAAAUGACGUAUCACUUAGAAACUCUGCUGUAGGAGCAUAUGUGAUGUCUUCAAAAAUGAGCCCCGGCAUUUCACCCGGCAGUUCUUUGACUUCCUGUAGUGAGUGGUCUUCAACAUCUUCAACUUCUAGAUCCAUUAACAAGAGGUCAAAUGGAUCAAGGACUAGCCUUGAUACUAGUAGAUCCGUGGACAGUUAUAGUCCGGCCUCUGAUUUGAGUAACCAUCCCAGUCAACGCCAUACAUCAGCUAAAUCAGUGACAAGAACAGCAUUGCGUAGCGGAAGUGUAAGUAAACCUUUAAGACAGAACACACUUUCUCAAGCAGCUUCUAAAAAACCAUCAUGCCUCCGGAUGCCAUCCCCGGAGAUUGGUUUCUUUGACGCGGAUAAGUCACCAUCUAUGUUGUCUCCUUCCAACCCAAGCGUUGCAGUGACGAAACUUGGAGCCAACAUAAGGGCAAAUUUGAAAACCAAAACUGCAGAGCUUCCAAAUGCAAAAACAUUAAAUGUUUCGGUAAGCACAGAAUGUGAUACAGAGAAGGUCCCUUCUCAAGAGAGUAGAGAUGGUAGUUUAUGUCCUAAACAUGCUGCAGGUGAUUUAAUCAAGAGCAAAACAAGUACAAUAUGUUUGAAGCAUUGAAUUUUUUCCCUGAUUCAUCCAUAGAUUUCUCAGCUUUAAACCAAGACAAAAAAAUGCAUUGUCAAUUAUUUACUGAAAAAAAAAACAAAACUUACUGACUAAAAAAAACUGUUUGUGCAAUAUACUUUUCGUUCAAUG